AUGCCCAAGUACACCGAAAAGGACUUGCAAGAAGCCGUCCGUGAAGUCCACCAAGGCACUUCACAACGGUCAGCUGCUAAGCGAUGGCAUAUCCCACGAGCAACGCUGCAAGACCGACUCAACGGUGGCAUUUCACAUGCCGAAGCCCAUGAGUGUCGGCAGCGUUUCUCACGGCAACAGGAAAAGCUGUUGUCCCGCUGGAUCUUUCAUCUUGUUGCCCUUGGAGUUCCUCCAACUCAGGGACAAUUUGAGGAAUUCGCCAGCCGCGUCUUGGUUGUCCAUGGAGACAGCCAGCCACUGGGCAAACACUGGGUACAAGGGUUUUUAAGAAGAAACUCAGAGGUGAAGUUGGUCAAAGGAUAUCUAUUUUCUUCUCAACCGUCAGAACCUGGGGAUGCCGUCUGCGACGCGCCAUCUCACCAGUCUAGGCGGGUACGACUUCAGGAGCCGACAUGCACAUCAACACACCACUUAGAAGGGCAACUAUCAACAGAGAAUGAUUUUCGUGAAGAAGCCGCAGCAACUUGGGACUCUUACUCUUACAUGGAUCACGAUCCAGAAAUGUUAUUCGACGGGGAGGCCUUGGAAAUUCCGGACUGGAUCGAGCCACCCGGACCAUACCUAGAAGAGUACACUUUCCCUCUUCAAGAUUGA